AUGUCCCGACCGAGACGAUCUUCCAGGCUUGGUGGUGAGCCUCCAGGCGACACGGGGCCCGCGUUUGCGACAGCCGCAGUGAGGUCGAUGCCCGCAGGCGCGCCAAAGGCUCCUGGCAUUCCCUUCAAAAGUUCCAAACGGCGAAGAGGUCAAUCUAGUUGGCAACGAUACUCCAGCUACGCGAGUCAACACACAUGGUUGAUACCACUGACGCUUGUUUUCAUUGUCCUUCUCGGAUACUCCCUCGACCCGAGUCCAACCAACCCUCUCCACGCUGCCAUAUUUCUCUCUUAUCCACGGUCGAACACCGACCCGAAAGGGCCGACUAUGUAUGGGAAGGGAGCAAAAGACUUCGCAUUUGUCGCCUUCUACACAAUCGUCCUUUCAUUCAUGAGAGAAUUCUGCAUGCAGUGCCUCUUGAACCCACUGGGCCUAUACCUUGGUAUCACGAGCCGCCGUAAAAUGGCAAGGUUCAUGGAACAGAUGUAUACAGUGAUGUAUUUCAGCAUGUUAAUUCCAUUCGGGCUGUACGUAAUGUCGCGAUCACCCGUGUGGUAUUUCAACACCACUGCAAUGUUCGAAGACUUCCCUCACCUCGAACACGAGGGUCUGUUCAAGGCGUACUAUCUUAUCCAAGCGAGCUAUUGGUCGCAGCAAGCUCUUGUUCUGGUUCUCCAGCUGGAGAGACCAAGGACUGAUUACUAUGAAUUUGCCGCUCAUCAUGUCGUCACGCUGGCUUUGAUCUGGCUGAGCUAUCGCUUUCAUUUCACCUAUAUAGGACUUGCAGUGUACAUCACCCACGACAUCUCCGAUUUUGGCCUUGCAACAUCGAGAGUCCUGAAUUACUUGAAUUCGGUUUUGACCGAUGGAUACUAUGUUUUGUUCAUUCUCGUUUGGAUCUACACUCGUCACUACCUCAACUUGCAUAUUCUAUGGGCUGUGCUAACAGAGUUUGCAACUGUCGGCCCUUACGAACUCAACUGGGAGACUCAACAGUACAAAUGCUGGAUCAGCCAGAUCAUCACAUUCUCUCUGCUUGCAUUUCUGCAAAUCCUCAACCUAUUCUGGCUUUUCUUGAUUUUGAGAGUUCUCUGGAACUACGUCAUGACCAAAGACCUGGUGGACGAUACCAGUGAUGUUGAGGAUGAGAAGGCACAGGAUGAGGCUCGAGACAAACUUACGCCAUUGCCCGAACAGGACAAAAAGGAGAAACAAUGA